AUGUCUUCCGACGAGAUCGUCUGGCAGGUUAUCAACCAGCAAUUCUGCUCUUAUAAACUCAAAACUACCAAGGGCCAAAAUUUCUGCCGCAAUGAGUACAACGUGACCGGCCUCUGCAAUCGCCAAUCCUGCCCACUGGCAAAUUCGCGCUACGCCACCAUCCGGUCCGAUCCCGAGACCGGCGCUAUGUAUCUCUACAUGAAGACAAUCGAACGCGCUCAUAUGCCCAGCAAGCUCUGGGAGCGAGUCCGUCUGUCGUCAAACUACGCCAAGGCCCUUGAGCAGGUGGACUCACGGCUCAUCUACUGGCCCAAGUUCCUGAUCCACAAGUGCAAGCAGCGUCUUACACGGCUGACACAGGUGGCAAUUCGGAUGAAGAAGCUUGCACGCGAGGAGGAGAGACUGGGUGAGAGGAUUGUGCCAAAACUGGCGCCGAAGAUUAGGCGGAGAGAGGAGACGAGAGAGCGCAAGGCUGAGUCGGCGGCCAAGGUUGAGAGGGCGAUUGAGAGGGAGCUUAUUGAGAGGUUGAGGAGUGGUGCUUAUGGAGACCGGCCAUUGAAUGUUGAGGAGGGGAUCUGGAAGAAGGUGCUCCGUGGUCUAGAGAGGUCUGGGGAGGGUGAGCGCGAUGAGGAUAUGGAUGAUGGGGAAGAGCUUGAUGAAGAAGAGGAGGAGGGUGUUGGAGAGGUUGAAUACGUUAGUGACCUUGAGGAGGAUGAGGAUCUGGAAGAUCUUGAGGAUUGGCUCGGUGGCGAGUCUGCGGACUCGAGUGAUUAUUCCGAUGAGGACGAGGAGGACAGCGAUGAGGCGAGCGAUUCCGAAGAUGAAGAAGAGCAGAAGAAGCCGAAGCCUGGCUCCAAGAGGAAGUUCACUGCUCCCGCUCCGAAGCCCCGCAAGAAGGGUCCCCGGGUUGAGAUCGAGUAUGAGACUGAAGGUGCCGGAAAGGAGAACAUUCUUGCUUAG